GCAUUCUGUAGCUGUAUUUUUAGUUGCUGAAGGCGAAAAGUCUUUUUCUGUUAAGCUUCGACUUAGUAAAACUGAGCCUAAAUAAUCAAGUCGUGUGUCAAGUAGUUUUGCUUUUAUUGUUAGACAGGAAAAAUUCCACAAUGGCUGCCAGACAGCUCCUGCAAAGAGGACUAUUGAGACAAACUUCAUGGACCCUUGGGAGGAAGGUUUGUCCGGGACCUGUUUCUAUGGUUACAGGCCUCAAGCCUGCAUCAGUAGCACCCAUUGUGCAAAGGCUCCCACAGUUCAUCAAUUCCUCAGCGCCAUUUCACAGUAGUAGCCAUUGUCUGGAUGAGAAUAGCUUCAUCAUCCAAGACCGGGAUGACUUCCAGGAGAAGGUUCUCAACAGCAAAUCACCCGUCAUAGUCGACUUCCAUGCUGAAUGGUGCAACCCGUGCAAGGCUCUGGCCCCAGUCCUCGAUGCAGUCCUCCAGAAUACCAAGGGCCAGGUCAAGCUAGCCAAGGUAGACAUUGAUGAACUCCAGGACCUUGCCAUCGGCUUCGGAGUCGACUCCGUCCCCACCAUCAUGGCAUUCAAAGGGGGUCAGAAGGUGUCAAAGUUCAUUGGAAAUCAGAGCAAGGAAAAGGUGGAGGCAUUUGUGGAAAAAUUGCUCACAUGAGAAAGGCUUUCACUAUAUUAAUAUAACACACCUGUAUGUAUCAUGAGCUGGAGACAAUGAUCGUAGACAAUUGAAGAAGAAGAGGCAAUUAUCUGGACAUUUAUGUGAUUUGACAGGACUCUGAGAUUGUGAUUGAACACAAUUGCUAGUUCCCAAGAUAUACUCUCUAGAUGUAUAGGAGUUAUAAUCCUUUUUUUUGGGGGGGGGGGGAUUUCAUAUUAGGUAUCAUCUUGUCUAGAGUGGAAAUCCAUGCUCAAACAUAGUGGCUUACGAAGAAAAGAGUUAUUCAACCUCGACUUUAGAAUGGAUUCUAUUACAUUUGGAGUGGAUUCAACUCAAAGGAGAUGACCUCUGACAUAACCCCUGAAAAAGAGUGGAUAUCCAUUCCUCUGCAUUAGGAGAGUAAGAAAGAUAAUGUUCAUGCAUCAGAUUUUCUAGUAUUUCAUUUAUAAGCAAAUGUCUUCAUCACUAUUCUUAAUUGUGAAUAUAUGGUAAUUUCUAAUGGGAUGAUCCAGUCUGAUUCAGCUACACAAGGAUUGGAAGUGAUUUUGUGGUAGUAUUUUCUUCAAGGAAAUAGUUGUGUUCCAAGUUUGGGAGUUUUAUAUAUGUACGUGUACUAGCUCUUCACCUUACAGAAACAAAUAAUGUAAUGUACAUCUUUGUAUAGCAAGAGCUGUGACUUUAGUACUUGAUUCAUACAAAGUUUUGAAUCAUGUUGUGAUACCAUACAUUAUAUAAAUAAUGAUAAUCAUAUGUCUGCUUCGGAGCUGCACAGUUGGUAAUUUGAUCUUUAUGCUAUAAUAACAAAUAAUAAUAACACAGUCGUCCUCCUCCAUUUUUGUACACCCCUUGUACUUCCAAAGUAGAUUUUUUAGCUGUUAUCAGCCCACAUUGAAUUUUCUGAAUAAAAUCCUGCUUGGUUGCCAUUUAACUCUUGGGUUGAGACAGGCAAGAGUGUAUAAAAUGCAUUACCUUAGGACAUUCUCAUUUGUUAAAAUCUUCAAACUCUUCAGUGAACAUCAAAUCAAUGAACCGCUGUACCAUGUUGCUUCUAAAUGAUAUUUCUAGAUAGAUUUAAUUUCUAAUCAGUCAUUUAUAUCCUGUUCAUAUUGAGUAGUGUUAUCUGUUAAAGCUAUCUUCGCUGCUACAAGAGAUGCUAAUUUUGAGACAGUUGUCCAACUUCAGGCUUUUUGACUCCUUGUGAGGCUAUUUUAUGACUGUGUGAUAGACUUUAUGCCAAGAAAAAUUGAUGGGUUUCAGGCAUUUGAUCAAACGCCAACAUGUAUUCCUUUGCCACAUAGGUGAUGCUGUCUUCUCCACCUGUGUUUAUCAUUGAUAUUUUGUGGUUGUGGUUCUACGAGACAUCUUUAGGCGACAAUUGUUCCACGGUCAAUUUCCUUCACUUAUCAAAAUCGUAACUUCAGUCCUGGACCCAGAACUUAAUUAAGCUGACUCUAACUCUAGGUCUUAACCUAACAUCAUAGUAAGUCAGAAGCAACGCUGACCCUAUAUUUUUAUGAGAAAAUGCCUGGAGCAAAUGUGAGAUCACCAUGUAUAUCGGGCUAUUAUACUUCAUUGUGUGCCUAUAUGUAUCACCUAUAUGUGGGAUUCAUCAGUUGCCACCAUAUGUAUGUGGUGGGUUUUUUUGUCAUAUAUAUUUUCAGAUGCAGAAUAGACUUCCACUGCGUUCUCUUUA